GAUGUCACGUGUGCUGCUGGAAGAAUAUCAGUCUGUGGGUAAACGAGAUGUGGAUGAAACCCUCUUAUUAAACGGGAUUUGUGUCAAUUUGUCAAAUACAGUUUUCAUAUUCGAUAAGCCAAUAGUUCGUUAUUCAUAUUUCAGUACACGAGGACCUUAAAUCAAUCAAAGGAAAUGACAGAAACAUAUGAUUUCCUUUUUAAAUUCUUGGUGAUUGGAAGUGCAGGAUCAGGGAAAUCCUGUCUUCUCCAUCAAUUUAUAGAAAACAAGUUCAAGCAGGACUCCAGCCACACAAUCGGUGUGGAGUUUGGCUCCCGGGUGGUGAUGGUUGCUGGCAAGACAGUCAAGCUGCAGAUCUGGGACACAGCUGGACAGGAGCGAUUCCGAUCAGUGACUCGGAGUUAUUACAGAGGGGCAGCAGGGGCUCUCCUGGUUUAUGACAUCACCAGUCGGGAAACAUACAAUGCUCUGACCAACUGGUUGACUGACGCUCGGACACUGGCCAGUCCGAACAUUGUCAUUAUCCUGUGUGGGAACAAGAAGGACCUGGAGGCAGACAGAGAGGUCACUUUCCUCGAGGCGUCCCGCUUUGCCCAGGAGAACGAACUGAUGUUCCUGGAAACGAGUGCCCUCACUGGAGAGAAUGUGGAGGAGGCCUUCCUCAAAUGUGCUCGCACCAUUCUUAACAAGAUAGAGUCAGGUGAGUUAGACCCGGAGCGGAUGGGCUCAGGAAUCCAGUAUGGUGACACGACAGUGAGGCAGCUUCGCCAGUCGCCACAGGCUGGCUCAGCACAGGGAAGAGAUCAGUGCAACUGUUAAAGUCUAGUGCUAAUCCAGCUCUAAGACACUCAAAGCCCAUGUAUCCAGGCUUUUGGAGGAUUGCCCUGUGACCUUUGACCCCUGCCCCGGAAUACUGCUGGAGCAACCCUGUGGGGAACUUUAAGCCAGGUUAGAUUCUUGAUCAGGAACUGUGAGUUGGUUUUUGCAUUUGGGUCCAGUCACGGAGCAACUCUCCUCCAGGCGUUUUCCCUCUACUGCUCCACUUUGCAUCAUUACGGACUCCAAGUGACAUCAGCAGAGCUUGACCAAUCACAGAGCCAGGCCCAUGGACACACGCAUCAGGAUGUUUGUUUUAUAUGUCUUUGCUAAAGUAGCAGCGCUCACCAGCUCAGACACCUCUCACUGUUCAGACUGGAUUCAUGUCUGUUUAUGUAAUGCUGGUGAAUGUCCAGGCCAAGUUGUAGUCAGUGAUUAGAUUGACGAGAACACAACACCAGACUUUUGUGUGCCAUCUCUGUGAAAGUUCUGCCUAUUUAUUGGUUGUGUUGGAAACUGUAAGAUAUUGUAAAUAUAUCAAAAGGAAAUAUAACAUUUAUGUGAUAUUGGUGUACAUUGUUUUAUAUAACUAAUACAGCAGGGGACUUGUGUAUGGUAGUCAUGGUGACAUAGUACUGUGUGAAUGUGAAAUUUACAAUAUUAAUAUCUUGGACCGAAUGACAGAGUGUUGGAGGCAUACUCUCCAGUCAAUGUAUGAAUGUAUUACAAAGUGUGCAUUGGAUCUGAUGGACUACUAUAAACUUCAAGUUUGGGGCAAACAAGUGUUGUGUAUUUAAACUGUGUGAGGUGUUGUGCAAUGACUGUGAAAAAGUUGAGACCGUAUCUAAAUUCACCCAAAUCAGAAUGCCAUUGAUAGAUCGAUGUAAAGCACAAAUGUGAAUAUCUCCAUUUUUUUUAAAGUUUAGUGGUUGUUUCCCCCUAGACCCAUGUCUCUGCACGACGAUCAUCCGUGUGACCUGUUGAUCUUUGAGAGGCAUCAUUCUGUGAGCUAGAUGUAACUGUUGAAACCAAUACCUACCCCUGUUCGCAAUGUCUUGAAUGAGUAAAUUAUUAAACCAAAUGAUUAAUGUUG